CGGUGCUGAGGCCGUCUCAGCGGAAAAAAAAAUGUCCGCCUGAGGAGACCCACAAGUUCUAUCGGGGGGACCGCCAGCCCGCCCGGGGAGCCACGGGCGGCCAAGCCCGAGAGCCGCCCGAGCCGCGCGGACACAAGCGCUCGCGCGGGCCGGAGGAGGCAGCCGAGCCGCCGGCGGCGCGAGAGGGGAAGCCCGAGCCCGCGCUCCCGGCCAAAGUGAACUUUAAUCGGGGAGGUUGGAUGCGGAGCCCGGGCGGCAGGACCUGCUAGAAGUGGCUGAAGAUGAAUCCCCAGCAGCAGCGCAUGGCCGCGAUAGGGACCGACAAGGAGCUGAGCGACCUGCUGGACUUCAGUGCGAUGUUUUCUCCACCUGUUAAUAGUGGGAAAACGAGACCAACGACACUGGGGAGCAGUCAGUUCAGCGGGUCAGGUAUGGAUGAGCGUGGAGGAACAACGCCUUGGGGAACAAGUGGCCAGCCAAGCCCCUCCUAUGAUUCAUCCAGAGGUUUUACUGACAGCCCUCAUUACAGUGAUCACGUGAGUGACAGCCGGCUAGGAGCCCAUGAAGGCUUGUCCCCAACACCUUUCAUGAACUCUAAUCUGAUAGGAAAAACAUCAGAGAGAGGCUCAUUUUCCCUGUACAGCAGAGACUCUGGAUUAUCAGGCUGUCAGUCUAGUCUCCUGAGACAAGACCUGGGACUUGGAAGCCCAGCACAGCUGUCGUCGUCAGGGAAACCUGGAACGCCCUACUACUCAUUCUCUGCCACAAGCUCUAGGAGAAGGCCGCUCCAUGACUCUGUAGCCCUAGAUCCUUUGCAAGCAAAGAAAGUAAGAAAGGUGCCUCCUGGCCUACCUUCUUCUGUAUAUGCACCAUCCCCAAAUUCUGAUGAUUUCAACCGUGAAUCUCCUAGCUAUCCAUCUCCCAAACCACCAACCAGUAUGUUCGCUAGCACUUUCUUUAUGCAAGAUGGGACCCACAGUUCUUCUGACCUUUGGAGUUCAUCAAACGGGAUGAGCCAGCCUGGUUUUGGUGGAAUCCUGGGGACCUCCACUUCCCACAUGUCUCAGUCCAGUAGUUAUGGCAGCCUUCACUCACACGACCGCUUGAGUUAUCCUCCGCACUCAGUGUCACCAACCGACAUAAACACGAGUCUUCCGCCAAUGUCCAGCUUCCACCGUGGUAGCACCAGCAGCUCACCGUAUGUUGCCGCCUCACAUACUCCUCCCAUCAAUGGAUCAGACAGCAUUCUAGGAACCAGAGGGAAUGCUGCUGGAAGCUCACAGACCGGUGAUGCACUUGGAAAGGCUUUGGCAUCUAUUUAUUCUCCUGACCAUACAAGCAGUAGUUUUCCAUCAAACCCAUCAACACCAGUGGGAUCUCCUUCACCUCUCACAGGUACUAGUCAGUGGCCCAGAGCUGGAGGGCAAGCUCCUUCAUCCCCAAGCUAUGAAAACUCACUUCACUCCCUGAAAAAUCGAGUUGAGCAGCAACUUCACGAGCAUUUGCAAGAUGCAAUGUCCUUCUUAAAGGAUGUCUGUGAGCAGUCUCGAAUGGAGGACCGCUUAGACAGGCUGGACGAUGCUAUCCAUGUGCUGCGGAACCAUGCAGUUGGACCUUCUACCAGUGUACCGACUAGCCACAGUGAUAUACACAGCUUAUUGGGACCAUCCCAUAAUGCACCAAUUGGAAACCUCAAUUCAAACUACGGAGGAUCAAGCCUUGUUACAAACAGUCGAUCAGCUUCAAUGGUUGGAGCUCAUCGGGAAGACUCAGUCGGUCUCAAUGGUAAUCACUCCGUGCUGUCUAGUGCUGUUGCUGCCUCAAACACAGAGCUGAACCACAAAGCACCAGAGAGCUACAGAGGUGGCUUGCAAAAUCAGUCUGGAAGUGUUGUUCCAACGGAAAUCAAGACGGAAAACAAAGAGAAAGAUGAAAACCUUCAUGAACCUCCUUCAUCAGAUGACAUGAAAUCAGAUGAUGAGUCCUCCCAAAAAGAUAUCAAAGUCUCAUCUAGAGGCAGAACAAGUACCAAUGAGGAUGAAGAUCUGAACCCAGAGCAGAAAAUCGAACGGGAGAAGGAAAGGCGGAUGGCUAACAAUGCCCGAGAGCGCCUGCGUGUGCGGGAUAUAAAUGAGGCCUUCAAAGAGCUUGGCCGGAUGUGUCAGCUUCAUUUGAAGAGUGAAAAACCUCAGACAAAACUCCUCAUUCUUCAUCAGGCCGUGGCAGUCAUCCUUAGUCUAGAACAGCAAGUCAGAGAGAGGAACCUCAACCCCAAAGCAGCCUGCCUUAAGAGAAGAGAAGAAGAAAAGGUCUCUGCUGCGUCAGCAGAGCCACCAACCACGCUGCCCGGAGCCCAUCCAGGGCUUAGUGAGCCUACCAACCCUAUGGGCCACCUGUGAACGUCAGCCAGUUCCAGAGUCAUCAGUAGGCUAGAUAGAAGGUGACCUCUCCUCAUAAAGACUUGGACAACUCAGAUUAUCUGAAGACAUAAACCUGACAGGAGGGAGAAGAAAAAAGCAAAACACUUGAAGCAAGAAACUCAUAUGUAAUCCUAUGAUCAAAGCAACUGGUCAGCACUUCUGUCAGAAGUGAGGACAGGAAGCUCAUCAGAACGUCGCCCGUGAGGGGUUUGCAGCAUAUCACUCUGCUGUAAGCGGUGUUGCUUCUUCUGCACAAUCAGAGACUGUCUCAUCUCUCCACUCAACGUGGAAGUUGCCUUGUGCCUAAACUGAAUUGACAAAUGCAUUGUAACUACAAAUUUUAUUUAUUGUUAUGGAACUGUGAGGUCUACAUAUAAAGGGAAAAAGUUCAUGUGGGAAGCUGAUCUACACUCAGCUGAUGCCAGCAUUGUUAAAGCUGUUCACAAAGCAGUGGCAACCAUUGGCCCUUAGCAUUCCCGGCAUACCUGUUAGUGUCUUAAAAAGGAAGGGAGUCCUGUGUUGCCCUCUCCGACCUUCGCCAUAUGAUAGUGUUUUCCAUGAAAUAGGAAAAUAUUACUUGGUAUAGCAUUUCUCUCUUGUUUUUUCACUCAUUUUUAUUUUCUCUUUGUGGGUGUUAUAUUUGAUCUGAGUCUGCAUAGUUUAUGGUCACAGUCCAGAACCCUCCUUGCAGCCCUGUGUGCUUUGUUCAUGUCCCUGCAGUGAUAAGCAGACACCGUCUGUGACCAUAGCCUAGCUAAGAUUUUGAAAGGGGAAAGUUUGUCCCCUGGAUUUGCCCCCAAAUAAAUAUUGCUUUAUUUCUAAUAAUCACUAAGACUUUUCAGGCUUCUAGGUUUCAUAGUAAAGCUAUAAUAGCAAGAAGUGUAACUUACAAGAGAGAGUCUACUUUUUAGAAAUUGCUUUGUUUCCGAGCAGUAAGUACUACAUAGUACUUAUAAAGUGUUAGCUGUUAAGUAAGCACAGAAUGCAUUCAAUACAAUACAAAGAUGACUUUCAGGCCAUGAUCAUGAUGAGCAUAACAGAACCCAGUAGUCGCCAGGACAGGCAGUGUGAUGGAUGCACUCAACCACUCUGAGGCUAGUCACCUAUGGAAUCAAAGAGCAGUGGUCACGUUUCCUUAUCCUAGCCUUACUUCUCUGUCCUUUGGGUGGCUGGUGAGUGGGGUUGGGGCAGGAGGAGAUUUAGUCACCUUUAAACCAGCUGCACCCACCC